CUCCUCCAUUCCCUGGGGCUUCUGACCACCGUCUCGUCCCCAGUGUCUGUGGUUCGAGGUGCCCUUCGGACUCCAUAUAUCUCAGUGCCCCUGCCUGUUGCUGUUAUCCAGAUUCAUAUUUCCCUGUGGGGAGAUCUUCAGCAAUCCCAUGAUGGGUUGUAAAGAGGAAAGAUCAUAUGAGGACACAGGGUGCAGGCAGCCAUCUACAAGUCAGGAGAGAGCUCUUGCCAGAAACCAACACUGCCGACAUAUUGACCUUGGAAUCCAGCCUCCAGGAAAAAUUUGAGAAAAAAAUUUCUGUGGUUUAUGACACCUCUUUAAUGCUAUAUUAUUAUGGCAGUGCUCAAUUUUACUACACACGGACAUGGGGAAAACAAAGAAAAUGUAAAAAAUGUAAAUGAAGAAAAUCAUCACAAUUCCACUACAGAGACUAGUGAAAUAUUUGGAGAUACUUUUUUCUCAUCUUUUAAAACAUAUCAGGAAUAUUUUCUUUUAUCAAUGAAUAUGAAUCUCAGACUGUUGAGUAUUGCUGAAGAAUAGAAACAGCUUGGUUCUAGACCUGCCACGGUUUAGAGAUGUUGGGGUCACAUGAAGGAGAGCCUUGUGGUGACGGGAUAUUAUCUACUUUAUUGCAGUGACAGUUACAGGAAUCCACACAUGUGAUAACAUGUCACAAAACGAUACACUCCAUUGUGCUGAUGUCAGUUUCUUGGUUUAGAUAUUUGACCAUUGUUAUAUAAGGAUACAUAAAUACAUAAAAUGUAUCUUUUAUAGGAAGCCUGGGGAAGGACCUCCAUGUAUUGUUUUUGAAAUUUCCUGUCAAUCUAGGCUUAUUUCAAAAUGAAAACUUAAGAAUAAAGAUUCUGUGACUAGAUAAUCAUAGAUAAAAAAUGAUCUGUUCACUCUGAACCAUAGACCUCAUAGAGGCCAAAACACCAGUGGAAUUAUCUUCAUGUUAGGGAGGUCUUCCUAUAACAAAAAGAUAGAAACCAUCAAGGAGGCUUUCAGUAGGAAUACUAGAAAUGUUAAGGAAAUACUUAAAAAGUGAAGGGUGAGUUUUAGAGAUGUUCAUCAUGGGGAAACAGAGGGGAAAGAAGCGUCUAGACCAGCAGUUUACUAAGGAGUUAGAGAUAAUUAAACAGGAAGUCUUUUCAGCACACCCAGACCAACACCAGAUGGCAUCCUCUGUGGCUGGGCUCCUUGGUGUCUGCACCAUGAGGAAUGGGCAUCUAAGGUUGCUGCCAGGACUCUUGAUGCUGCUGUUGUUGCCAUUGGGAGCCACAGCCCAGAAGACUAGUGACUGGGCUCGCUGGUGCCCUCCAAAAUCCACGUGUGUCAAUGCCAACACCUGUUGCUGCUCCCCGGGAUUCAUUUCUUCAUCUGGGGAGAUCUUCGCCAGCUGGUUGGAGAGCUGUGAUGACAUCAAUGAGUGUGGACCACCCUUGGCAGUGUCCUGUGGAAAAUUUACAGAUUGCCAGAAUACAGAGGGGAGCCACUACUGUACAUGCAGCCCAGGAUAUGAGCUUGCUUCUGGGGCAAGAAUGUUCAGGAAUGAGAGUGAGAACAUGUGUCAAGACGUGGACGAAUGUCAGCUGAAACCCCGAAUCUGUAAAAGCCGUGGCAUCUGCACCAACACCCAGGGUAGCUACACCUGCAAGUGCCCACCCGGCUUGGAGCUCAGCCCAGGCGACCCGAAUCUGUGCACAGAUGUGAAUGAAUGCACAUCAGGGCAGAACCUAUGCCACAACUCCACCUACUGCCUCAACAACAUUUGGGGCUAUCAGUUCCGCUGCCGCCCUGGAUGGAAGCCAGUUCCUGGGUCCCCCAAUGGCCCCAAGAACACCGUCUGUGAAGAUGUGGAUGAGUGCAGUUCUGGGCAGCCUACAUGCCACAAGUCCACCAUCUGCAUCAACACCGUGGGCUCGUACAAGUGCCACUGUCGCCGGGGCUGGGAGCCCAAACCCGGAUUCCAGAAUAAGCAGCCCAACACCACCUGUGAAGAGAUGUCCUUCCCCACCUGGACCCCACCCCCUGGAAUCAAGAGCCAGAGACUCUCCCGUUUCUUUGAAAGAGUCCAAGAUCUGCGCAGAGACUUCAAGCCAGCCUUGGCUCAGGACACCAUCCAGGACCUCAUACAGGAGGUGGAUGAGCUGCUGGAGACUCCAGGGGACCUGGAGGCUCUGCCCCGCUCAGAGCAGCACUGUGUGGCCACUAACCUGCUUGUUGGCCUUGAGGAUGUCCUGAGAAACCUGAGCCAGGCCCUGCCCAAUGGGACAUUGACCUUCAAUGAAUCUGCAGGCACAGACCUGUCCCUGGUGGUACAGGAGCAAGGACACAGAAAUGUCACUUUGAGUUUAAAUCAGGUGAAGAUGCUGCUGAACUGGGAUGUGGUGCACGAAUCUGGUGACUCAGGUCCUUCUGUGGUGGGUCUCAUCUCCACUCCAGGGAUGGGCAAGUUGUUGGCUGAGGCCCGCCUGGUGUUGGAGUCUGAGAAGCAGGCAGUUCUGCAUGGGGCACACAAGGGCGUGCUGCAAGGAGUCUCCUCUGUCCUGGUCUCAGAUGUCAUCUCUGCCUUUAUGAGCAACUGGGAAACCCAGAACCUCAGCUCUCCCAUCACCUUCAUCUUCUCCCACCACUCGAUGACCCCUGGGCCAAUGCAAAAGGUGUUCUGUGCCUUCUGGGAUCACACUCCGGAUGGAUAUGGUCAUUGGUCCACCACAGGCUGCAGGAUGGUGGCCACUGGAGACAUCAGCACCACCUGCCAGUGCACCCACCUCAGCAGCUUUGCUGUUCUCUUGGCUCACUGUGACGUGCAGGAGGAGGAUCCCGUGCUGGCUGUGAUCACCUAUGUGGGGCUGGGCCUCUCUCUGCUGUGCCUCCUCCUGGCAGCCCUCACCUUCCGGCUCUGCAAAGCCAUCCAGAACACCAGCACCUCGCUCCACCUGCAGCUCUCAAUCUGCCUCUUCCUGGCGCACUUGCUCUUCCUCACAGCCAUCGACCGGACUGAGAUCAAGGUGCUGUGCGCCAUCAUUGCGGGUGCCCUACACUAUCUCUACCUGGCGUCCUUCACCUGGAUGCUGCUGGAGGGUCUGCACCUCUUUCUCACUGCACGCAACCUGAUGGUGGUCAACUACUCCAGUGUGAGCAGGUUCAUGAAGAAGCUUAUGUUCCCUGUGGGCUAUGGAGUCCCAGCUAUAAUUGUGGCCAUUUCUGCGGGAUCCAGGCCUCACCUUUAUGGAACACCCGCUCGCUGCUGGAUCCACCCAGGCAAGAGAUUUAUAUGGAGCUUCCUUGGACCAGUGUGUGCCAUCUUCUCUGCCAAUUUAGCUUUUGUUCUGAUGACCCUCCGGAUUUUGAAAAUCAAACUGUCUUCCCUCAACAGUGAUGUAUCCACCCUCCAGAAUACAAGGAUGCUGACAUUUAAAACCACAGCUCAGUUCCUCAUCUUGGGCUGCACCUGGUGCCUGGGCAUCCUGCAGGUGGGUCCAUCUGCCCACAUCAUGGCUUACUUCUUUACCAUCAUCAACAGCCUGCAGGGCGUCUUCAUAUUCUUGGUGUACUGCCUCCUCAGCCAGCAGGUCCGGGAACAAUAUAAGAAAUGGUUUAAAGGGAUCAGGAAAACAAGAGCUGAGUCUGAGAAAUACACACUGUCCAGCAAGGCCAUGUCUGAUACCACCAAACCCAGCACGGUCAGCCGGUGCUCUUGAUGGUCUCUCUGUGGA